AUGUCUGCCUCUCAAGCUAUCGAAAUAGAUGAUACUUCCAGCGAUGAGGAACACCAGUUCAGCCUUCCACUGUCCCUCCCUCCCCUCAAACUUGAGCACAGUGAAUCCAUCGUCUUAAUACCCGAAACUCAGCAAACACGUUCUCCUGAUCCCUCUUCUACACCUCUAAGAGAGAUCAGAGAAGAUUCAAGCCACUCUGAUCUUCCCGUCCCUUUAUCCGCUCAGUCAGAUCCAGUUGACUCUGAAAAUCUCUCACAGGACGAUGAAGAAUUGACCCUCUUUGAUGAGGAUGAAUUUGGUCCACAUGAACGUCUUUCCAACCUUGUUCACAAGUCUCUACGCCUUCCCCCGCAGCCAGAUGUUAAUACAGCUCGAGAUAAAUUGUUUAAUAUAGCAAAAGACAAGGGUUUUGCAUUGGUCACAAGCUCCAGCAACCAAAAACUUCAAUAG